CCAGAGUGGAGGAGAGAGAGAGAGAGGAAAGCAGGCUUUCGAUCUCUGCGGUGCAGAGCUGAAAAAAAGCAGCUUCUCAGAACAUUUCAGACGCCCUAUUUAAACUUGCGCCUUUUAUUUUCCUGGAGAAAAAAAAAAGAGGACAUACAACAAGUUGCAACGAGGACUGGCGCCCGUCUCUGUGUUUCAAGAAGCUCCAGCAAGUCAGCGCGCACGCUGGAUGAGCCGAAAAGAACUAUUGCAUGAAACAAGAACGGAGAGAAGAGAUUGAAAAGUCUGUUUUGGCGACGCUUGCAAGUCCUUUGCGUCCCUGCGAAAGAGUCGCGACGGCAGCAUGAGCGCAGAGCUGAACAUGGGCCCGGAACUACCCAGCAGCCCUCUGGCUCUGGAAUAUGUCAACGAUUUUGACCUGAUGAAGUUUGACGUCAAGAAGGAGGGUUUGGCUGGGCUGGAGCGCGCAGGAGUGCGUCAAUGCAACCGCCUCCAACCACAAGGCUCCGUGUCCUCCACGCCGAUCAGCACGCCCUGCAGCUCCGUGCCCUCGUCGCCCAGCUUCAGUCCGACCGAGCAAAAGAACCACCUGGAGGAGUUGUACUGGCUGCCCGGCGGCGGUUACCAUCAGCAGAUGGACCCGCAGACCCUCAGCCUGACGCCCGAGGACGCGGUGGAGGCCCUGAUUGGAGCCACGACCCACGGCCACCCUCCGCCUCCGCACGUCCAGCAGCAGCUGCAGCAGCAAGGCGCCUUCGAAGGCUACCGGGGCCCUCAUCACCACCACAGCCACCACGGCCACGGCCAGCAGCACCACCAUCCAUACGCGGCGGCCAUGGCGCACCACGGCGAGGAACUCUCAGCCCACCCGGGCGCGCACGGCCACGCACAGAGCCAGCACCACCACCACAGCAACAACCAGGACCCGGACAGCCCGUCCCCGGUGUCCCCGGACGACCACCAGACGCUGCACCACCACCGCCACCACCACCACCACCACCACCACCCGCACGGCCACCUGGGCCAGUCGGCGUCGCACCACGGCUCGGCGGGCGGGCUCAGCGUGGAGGACCGCUUCUCCGACGACCAGCUGGUGUCCAUGUCGGUGCGGGAGCUCAACAGACACCUGCGCGGCUUCACCAAGGACGAGGUGAUCCGUCUCAAGCAGAAGCGCAGGACCCUGAAGAACCGCGGCUACGCGCAGUCGUGCAGGUUCAAGCGGGUGCAGCAGAAGCAUGUGCUGGAGAACGAGAAGACGCAGCUGAUGAACCAGGUGGAGCAACUCAAGGCGGAGAUCGGCCGCCUGGCCCGGGAGAGGGACGCCUACAAACUGAAGUGCGAGAAACUGGCAGGCUCCGGGCCCGCCGGGGGGUUCCGUGAGGCGGGCUCGACCAGCGACAACCCCUCAUCGCCAGAGUUCUUCAUGUGAGUGUGACGGGGGAAAAAAAACCAUCCACCUUGAACACAAAAUUGACUGAUUAGAGCAACAACAGACACGGCCGUAGCCAACAAUUAGAUCACAUGUAACCAUCUCCAUCCAGGCAGCAUCUUUCUACACUCGCUUGUAGACAAGAUACUUUUUUUUUCUUCCUCGCCACAAAGACUGGUGAACUUUGACCCUCCUUUGAGCAACUUUUACAUCUUGUUAUUAAAUGUCGUGGAGCAGCAAAAAGAAAAAAAAAAAAAACUGAAAAAACUCCACUUUAUGCAAACGAACCCGUCACGGGAGGGCAUUUUAUGCAACGUCUCAUUGAUUUAUUGCCUGCUUGGUUAUAUUCGAAUAUAUAGAGAAACGGGGAGGAGGGGGAAAAAAUAAUCUGCAUUAAAUAUUAAUCCUGCAUGCUGGACAUGUAUGGUAAUAAUUUCUAUUUUCUACUUUCAUCAUCUCGUGUAUAUUAAGAGCAUGUUGUUGAUCUGCGCUUCUUCAUAGUUUUUUGGGUUUUUU